GGAAUCACUUUAAAAAUGAAUGAGCUGAACCACUGUAUUGUUGCAAGAAUUAUGCAUGGAGGAAUGAUUCACCGACAAGGUACGCUUCAUGUGGGUGAUGAAAUUCGGGAAAUAAAUGGAAUCAGUGUAGCAAAUCAAACGGUAGAGCAGCUACAAAAAAUGCUUAGAGAAAUGCGAGGUAGUAUCACCUUCAAGAUUGUGCCAAGUUAUCGCACUCAGUCUUCUUCAUGUGAGCAAACAAACUGGGACAAAUACUAUAGAGAUUCCCCCUCUACAUCCAGACAGUCCCCAGCUAAUGGUCAUAGCAGCAUUAACAAUUCUGUUUCGGACUUGCCAUCGACAACACAACCAAAAGGACGACAGAUAUACGUAAGAGCACAAUUUGAAUAUGACCCAGCAAAGGAUGACCUCAUUCCCUGCAAAGAAGCUGGAAUCAGAUUUAGAGUUGGUGAUAUUAUCCAGAUUAUUAGCAAAGAUGAUCAUAAUUGGUGGCAGGGUAAACUAGAGAAUUCAAAAAAUGGAACUGCUGGCCUCAUUCCUUCUCCUGAGCUUCAGGAAUGGCGGGUAGCUUGUAUUGCUAUGGAGAAGACAAAACAGGAGCAACAGGCAAGCUGUACUUGGUUUGGAAAGAAAAAGAAGCAGUACAAAGACAAAUACUUAGCAAAGCACAAUGCAGUGUUUGAUCAAUUAGAUCUUGUCACAUAUGAAGAAGUAAUAAAAUUGCCAGCAUUCAAAAGGAAAACACUAGUGUUACUAGGAGCACAUGGUGUUGGGAGAAGACAUAUAAAAAAUACACUGAUCACAAAACACCCAGACAGAUUUGCAUAUCCUAUUCCACAUACAACCAGACCACCAAAGAAAGAUGAAGAGAAUGGGAAGAAUUAUUACUUUGUAUCACAUGACCAAAUGAUGCAGGACAUUUCCAACAAUGAAUAUUUGGAAUAUGGUAGCCAUGAGGAUGCAAUGUAUGGGACAAAACUGGAAACGAUACGGAAGAUCCAUGAACAGGGAUUAAUUGCAAUACUUGAUGUAGAACCGCAGGCCCUGAAAGUUCUGAGGACUGCAGAAUUUGCUCCUUUUGUUGUUUUUAUCGCUGCACCUACAAUUACCCCAGGCAUUCAUGAGGAUGAAUCUCUUCAGCGCUUGCAGAAGGAAUCUGAAAUCCUACAGAGAACAUAUGCACAUUACUUUGAUCUUACAAUUAUCAACAAUGAAAUUGAUGAAACAAUCAGGCAUCUGGAGGAAGCCAUUGAGCUUGUUUGUACAGCAUCGCAGUGGGUUCCUGUCUCCUGGGUGUAUUAGUCUUAUCACCAGAAGAAUUUUAUCAUUACUGGGAACCGCCUCAUACAUGGAACAACCUCUUUGUUAUUGACCUUGUGUCAGCAGGUCUUGGCCCCUAGAGACUACCUAGAUGUAGUGUGACCGAAAUUUAUAAUUAUCGUCAUGUCCUUAUAGAUAGGAGGAGAAAACGCUAAUUUAAAGAGACAGUAUCUUUUUUAAUCAGUUCUC